AUGGCACCAACAGUACAAGAUCCCGAUACUUAUGUGCAGACCGUUCGAGCAUCUCCUCCACCUGGUUCACCAUACUCCCUUCCAAUACCAGGUAGUGCGCGUGAAGGUCGCAGUGCUGUUUACAGACAUUAUCAGUUCGUGGACAAGCCGCUAUUACAAACAGUCGAUCAAGAAUGUUUGACUAGUCAUGAUUUCUUUGAAAAGGCCGCCAAAAAGAGACCAAAUGCGAGAUGUUUGGGUUAUAGACCUUGGGAUCCGGCAACAAAGACUCACGGCAAUUAUGAAUGGAUCUCAUAUGCGGAGACGGCACAGCGCAGAAAGAACUUUGGUGUGGGUUUGGUAGAACUUCAUAAGAGGGCGGGUAUUACAGAUGAAAGGUAUGGUGUAGGUCUCUGGUGUCAGAAUCGCCCGGAAUGGCAAAUUGUUGAUUUGGGAGCCAUGUCACAAUCUCUCUUCACGGUCUCCAUUUACGAUACCCUCGGACCAGAUACGACAGAAUACAUUGUCAAUCAUGCCACGCUUGCUUGCGUUGUUACGAGUUUACCGCACAUUCCAACCCUGUUAAAAUUAGCACCAAGAAUACCUACGUUGAAGCUUAUCAUUUCUGUGGAUCCUUUGGAUGACGGAGAGAGACCUGGAAACAGCAAAGGCGCAAUCUUGAAUGCUCUUGCGGCUGAAGCUGGAAUCGCUAUCCAUUAUAUUGGAGAUGUUGAGGCCAUCGGAGCUGCAUCUCCAAAUUCCCCAAUGAACCCACCUCGACCGGAAGACAUUAUCACAAUCAACUAUACCUCUGGAACGACUGGUAACCCUAAGGGUGUGGUCCUUACCCAUUCAAACGCUGUUGCAGCAACUUCUGUCACGAGAAUUGUGUCUGACCCAAAACCGAACGAUGUUAUUUGUUCAUACCUUCCAUUAGCACAUAUUUACCAACGACUUGCUGAACACGGCUCUCUCGCUGUAGGAUCUGCUAUUGGAUAUUUCCGUGGUGAUAUCAUUGGACUCGUCGAAGACUUGAAGCUUCUUCGCCCAACAACUUUUAAUUCCGUUCCCCGACUCUACAAUCGAUUUGGAUCCGCCAUUAAAGCAGCCGCUAUUGAUGCUCCAGGUCUCAAGGGUUCAAUUGGUCGUCACAUUAUCAAUACCAAGCUUGCAUCAAUGAAACUCCCACCUGGACAAGCCACCAACAAACAUGCACUUUAUGAUCGUGUCUGGACUCCUAAAUUAGCCAGCGCGUUCGGUCUUCAGAGAACUCGUGGCAUGGUAAGUGGAAGUGCUCCAAUUGACCCAGGUCUUCAUCAAUUCCUCCGUGCUGCAUUUGGCAACAGGUUCAUCCAAGGUUAUGGCCUUACAGAAACCUAUGCACAUGGUAUCGUACAAUAUGACGAUGACUACUCAACCGGUAACUGUGGAGGAGUAAGUGCUUCCAUGGAAGUAUGCUUCGAAUCCGUCCCCGACAUGGAGUACCUCGUAACUGACAGUCCCAACCCCCGCGGUGAAAUCCUUAUUCGAGGCACAGCCCGUUUCCGCGAAUACUACCGCAACGAAGAGGAAACCUCCAAAGCCAUCACCCCAGACGGUUGGUUCCACACAGGUGACAUCGGAGAAAUUGAUAGCAUGGGCCGUAUCAAGAUCAUUGAUCGUCGCAAGAACGUUCUCAAACUCGCACAAGGCGAAUACAUUUCGCCAGAACGUAUCGAAAACGUAUACCUAGCCAAUUGUUCACUCCUAUCUCAAGCAUAUGUCCAUGGUGAUUCUACGCAAGCUUUCCUAGUUGCGAUCUUCGGAGUCGACCCCGUUACUUUUGCGCCGUGGGUAAGCAAGAUUCUCGGGAGAGAAAUCAAGAGUGAUGAUAUUGAAGGGAUUAAGGAAGCGGGUAAUGACAAGAGAGUUCGAAUGCAACUUGUCAAAGUGUUGGAUGGGGUGGGAAAGAAGAGCAAGUUUAAUAGUUACGAGAAGGUUAAGAAUGUUCUUGUGGAUGUGGAGCCUUUUACGAUUGAAAAUGAGCUUUUGACUCCUACACUCAAACUCAAACGUCCACAAACGGCAAAGAAAUUCAGAGAACAUAUCGAUCGUAUGUAUGAGGAAGCAUUAGCGGAUGAGAAACCCAUGGCAAAAUUGUGA